CCCGUUAUCCUCAUCUGUUGGCCGGGCUCACCUUUGGAGAGCCCCCGAAGCCCUUUCUGUUAGCCUUGACCAGGGUGGGAGGGCCUCCGCCGGAGCUCUGUGGGCUUUUACUUGUGGAGAAGAAAUUAGUGGGGUUCAAGGGCAGUGGAAGGUGUAGCCUUUCAUUCAGCGGCAGCUACAACCACCAAGAACGUACGUCCUGUAGUUACUAGUUACCGACGCUUGGACUAGCGUGUUGGUUUUGAAGACCCGGAGGAUGAGGCUCGUGGCCUCUUGUAGCUCUUCAGUGGAAGAGCGAGUUUCCUCUAUGAAUUGUUCGGGCUGAGAUUCUAAAGAGUCCUUUGAAUCCAGUGCCCUCAACCCGAGUCCUAUCCUAAAAACUGUACAGAAUUUCAAGAUGAGUGAUACUUCUGAAGUGAUUCCAGAUUUUGAAGAGAUGUUUGCAAACAGAUUCACACAAGAUGACAAAGAGUACCAGGAAUACUUGAAACGUCCUCCUGAAUCUCCCCCAAUUGUUGAGGAAUGGAACAGUAGAGCCGGUGGCAACCAAAGAAAUCGAGGCAACUGGCUGCAAGAUAACAGACAGUUUAGAGGUAGGGAUAACAGACGAGGAUGGCCGAGCGACAAUCGAUCAAAUCAGUGGCAUGGACGGUCAUGGGGAAACAAUUACCCACAGCAGAGACAAGAGCCUUACUAUCAACCACAGUACGGACAAUACGGUCACAACCAGCGGCCUCCAUACAGUUACUACUGACAGAAAUGUUACGGCUUUGAACAGAAGACCAUCCAUUUUGAUAACGUGUUCAACGUUUGAUUGUCUUCUUUCGGUCAUAGUUGUUCACUCCGUUUUACAGAAUGGGUUGUUAAUUGUUUAGAACUUGAGACUUGAAUAAAAUUGAUCUUGCUAGAGAUGUGAUGAUUGGUAAUAAAGUGGAUUAUAUAUGAUUUAA